CCCUAGAUCUAUUAGUCACUUAAAAUUCAGUUUAAUUUUGCUUUUCCUCAACACACAACACACUUUUUUGUAUAAAUAACACAAUACCUAUAAUUUUAAUCCCCAUAAUGGCCCUGGAGUUUGUUUGCGGAAUGAAUCGCAUGCCCUUUAUGCGACGCUUUGAUGAUUUACAAACUGAAUGGCAACUGCAGCAGAUACGCGAGGCAACCAGUAAUUUCAAGAAUCCCUAUGCUCUAAUGGCACCACCUUUCGAAAACCCCGCUGAGAAUCUGCCAAAGAUCUUGGCUCACUGUGGCAUCGAGAUGAACUUUGAUCAUGGAACCACAACCUUGGGUUUCAAGUAUCAGGGCGGUGUGAUCCUUUGUGCCGAUUCCAGGGCCACUUCUGGUCAAUAUAUAGGAUCGCAGACAAUGAAAAAAAUCGUAGAAUUAAACGAUUAUAUGCUGGGCACCUUGGCUGGAGGAGCAGCCGAUUGCGUCUAUUGGGAUCGAGUGCUGGCCAAGGAGUGUCGUCUCCAUCAGCUUCGCUUCCGGAAACGCAUGACUGUGGAUACGGCGGCCAGGAUUAUUUGCAACAUUUCCACAGAAUACAAGGGAAUGGGCCUGGUUAUGGGCAUGAUGUUGGCCGGCUUCGAUGACGAGGGAGCCAAAUUGAUUUAUGUGGACUCGGAAGGGAUGCGGACACAUGGUCAUGUCUUCUCCGUGGGCAGUGGUUCCCCCUAUGCCUUAGGUGUCUUGGACACGGGCUAUCGGUUUGAUCUUACUGACCAGGAGGCUUAUGAUUUGGCCCGUAGAGCCAUCUAUCAUGCCACCAGCAAGGAUGCCUUCGGGGGUAUAGUUCGGCUGUAUCACAUCAAUGCUUCAGGUUGGAAAAAUAUCUCAAAUACGGACUGUUCGGAGCUUCAUGAUACCUACUAUUGUGGUGGGGAAAGUGGUCCAAAACGGGAUUCGGAGGGUGGCUCAAAAGUUGGUCAGGAGAAGCCCUGCUUCAGUGGCUGGACAAAGAGGAAACUACCCGAGGAUGUGCAAACAAAACUAGCAACUGUAUGAAAAUUAUGGAAAAGUAUGGAAAAUUUUAAAGGUCAAGGGGAUUUACUAAAUUAAAUGUGCAUUUUUUGUGAUAUUCGUGAGUAAACUGUAUGUUUCAGAAAAUGUAAAUAUAAUUAAAUUGAGAAAUAAA